UAAAUAAGUUUAAGAGAUAAAAAAAAUUUCAAAUGCGAAGGUUAUUUUUAAAAACUUCUGAUUUUACUUAAUAUAAAGUUUUUGAUUUUACAACCAAUGGCAUCGAAUUUUAGACCUUGUUCAAACUGUCAAACAAACGAAGGUAUCAAACGUUGUGUGCGAUGCAAGGAUGCAUUUUACUGCACUCGUGAAUGUCAAGUAAUACAUUGGAAAAAUGGUCAGUAAAAAUGUGUACAGUAAGAGAGCAAGAAGACGAAAAUGAAGGCAAAAUUGCUGAGCUGAGUGUUGAAAAUGAGACAUCCAAUGGGAGAGAAUCAUUGACUUGUUAUGGCUGCUUCGUGAAAGAGGCAAGUUUUCGUUGUAGCUGUUGUAAGAAACAAAUAUACUGCAGUAGGGCGUGUCAGAAAAACCAUUGGAAGCAACAUAAAACAAAAUGCAUUUCUCAAAAUCAAGAAAAAAAACCCGGGCAAAUUCAAUGCGGUAGGGAGGACGAAUUAUCAGCAGAGAAUUUGAGAAAAGCUCUUAAAUAUUUCAUGACAUUACCAUCAGAGCCAAAAUAUUUAAAAGAAUUUCCAAUUCCUAAUUUUCUUUCAGAGUACCGCCAGACCUAUCCUAAUGAUGUACAUUGUUUUAUGCUAGAGGCGAUUUAUGAUCGUCAUAAAACAUUUGGUGAAAUAGAACUAUCAUUGAACAAUAUGGAAUGGAGUAUAGAUUUACUUGUUAAAAAAUUUCAUGCACUUUCAACUGACUUAUUUCAGUUUUUGGCUGGAAAACCACCCCCGGGAGAAAUAUUCAAGAACCGUCAUUACACCAAUUAUCCUAAGAACAUGUAUCAGUUGUAUCGAAAUACUCCUGUAAAGGAAAAAAAAUUUGAGUUCGGCAAAACUUAUGUUUUUAUUGGAUAUGUAGACCUACUUCAACUUGUAAUGGGAGUAUUUACAGGUGAUGCAGGUAAAAAAGUUGCUUUCUUUGGAUUUGACAUGUCAGAGAUAUGUGUGGCUCGUUCAUUGAUUGUUUACGAAAUGAUGAAAAUGCAGUCCAGCCUUGAUUCAAUACUAGAAGUUUGGUUCUCAACAGGAUGGAGUAAGGAUACAUUAAAAACUUUCAAGAAUGCAUGCACUAGAGUAAUUACCAGCUCAAAACAAACGCCAAAUGUGAGAGAUUUAAUAAGUCAUUGGAGGCAUGCCACAAUUACGCUAAAAGAAGCAGUUAGCAGAUGGCAAGCUGUUCUUUUGCAAAACGAUCCAAUGGGAGCUGUUAGUUCUUUGUUAAAGAAACAAGAUCGUAUUGAUUUUUGUCGAUACGAACUGACUGGACAAAUAUUUGGUCAACUAGAGUUACAAUGUCAUGGUAAUGUCUCCAUGUUUUCUAUGACGUCUCCAUUUAAGCAUUACAAUUUGCAAUAUGGUCCCUUCUUGCAAUCUUUUAAUUUCAGCAAGAACUUUCAUUACGAUGGUAACCUUUUUAGAAGUUUGGAAAUAUACUACAAAUCCAAACUUCAAGCAUUGGUGAAGUUAGUAGCGGAAGGUAAAGUAGAAUGCACGCUUCGUGUAAUGACAGUCCAGUUGGAAAACAAAGAUGCCAUAGAACAUAUUCAAUCAUUAGGACCUGAUCACAUUAACUGGAACAACGUGGCUGAUUUCAUGAGAAAAGAGUCCUUCUUUAACCUUGCUUACGCUUGCUCGACUAAAAAAACUACCCAUUCUAUGCAUUUUUUGAAUUGGUCUACAAUUGUCUGUGGAACACAUAUACUUGAAUAUGAUGGGAACCGGUUAGAAUUCCACAUGGAGCAAAAGAAAGUUUUACAUGGUUUUUUCAUGAAGCGUCAUAGGGAUGGCUACAUUCCCUUUUUAAGGAAAGAUGCUUUGGUCGUCUAUCCCUUGGAUUUAAGCAAUAGCGUACUUGCGUUGAAGUAUCGUCACAAGUUUUUGGAGUAUUAUUUUGACGUCGAUGAAUUCGAUAUAAACAUAACUGACAUUUGUGGACCAGAUAUAUGUAAUUGUUUUCAAAGAUGGAGUCAAAUAUUUACCCUAUCUUUUGACAUUAAGAAGAAAUAAAGGACAUUCUGCGCUAGGUAGUAUAUAUUAAGCAAAGUGAAAGUCAUAUUGCAAAAUUAUUAAGCAUUUUACUUAUUUUUUAGUACGUAUAAAUGCUGAAAAAGGUCAAACGUUACGAGCUGAUUUAUAUUAGCAGUUGUUUUUCACUAAUUCCUAUAGUAUGAGAAGAAAAGAUGUUCCAAUUAUAAAAAAAUAAAUUCGAAAGUUAAGAUUUAGAAAACAUUUUGGUCAAACUACAAAUUGGAAACGAGAAAAACAAUGGGUAAUCCGUUUACAUUUAACAGUGCGUAUCUUAGUUAAGUGAACCUUUCUAUGUUGACUUCAUGUUAAAUCUUGUAAGAAAGAUUAAACACAGAAAUCUUUCAAAACUGAAAUCCUGCAAUGUUUGCGUCAUGAUAAGUUCUGUUGGGGAUAUAUUGAUAAAACAGACCAGAUUGAAAAAACAUUAAAAUGUUCAUUAUAAUGUCAGCCCAUUGUCAAACUACAUAAGAAUUCUAUUUAGAGAGAAUAUUUUUCCGAAGAGAAGGUUUUUGUUUUAGAGAGAUUUAAAUUAAGGAAAUGAAAACACAAAAGGUUUCUUAAGAAAAUUAUACAAUGAUUAAAAAAUUGUUGCGGAGAUUUUUUUAUGUAAAUGAAGAUUUAAAUUAGAGAGAGUCAAUUAUACAUUUCAAAAUUUAAGUAGAGUCGUUUUAAUGUUAUUUUUUUUUUACUAGUAUUGUAUUGUUGUUGUCUAGAAAAAUCUAACAGCAAACUUCA